GCAUCACUAAGGAAGCCUCCUCAGACUCCUUCUCACUAUACUGAGUGCAUCACUAAGGAAGCCUCCUCAGACUCCCUCUCACUAUACUGAGUGCAUCACUAAGGAAGCCUCCUCAGACUCCCUCUCACUAUACUGAGUAUAUCACUAAGGAAGCAAACUGACUCCUCACUUUGCUGAGUGCAACAUUAAGAAGCUUUCUCAGACCCACUCUCACUCUGCUGAGUGCUGCAUUAAGAAGACGUCUCAGACUCCCUUUCACUCUGCUGAGUGCAUCACUAAGAAGCUUUCUUAGACUCACUUUGCUGAGAGCAUCACUAUACUUUUUGGAUCACUAAGGAAGCCUCCUCAGCCUCCCUCUCACUAGGUUGAAGACAGUCCCAGCCUUGGUAUGGCUGUCUGAGUCCAGACUUGUCCUCCCAGCUUGUUGCCAGCCCCAUACUAUGACAGGAGUGUAUGAAAGGAGAGUGCCCUCCAUCCGUGCCAGUGACUUCCAGACUCCCUUCCAGGCUGCCAGCAUCAUGCACCAUCCUUCCCAGGACUCACCCACUUUACCUGAAUCCACAGCCACAGACUCGGGCUAUUACAGCCCCGGAGGAGCUAGCGCCCACCCGCACCAUGGCUACUGCUCGCCUACCUCGGCUAGCUACGGGAAACCUCUCAAUGCUUACCAGUAUCAAUAUCAUAGUAUGAAUGGGUCUGCCGGGAACUACCCUGCAAAAGCAUAUGCUGAAUACAGCUAUGGAAGCCCUUACCAUCCUCACCACCAAUACAGUGGGGCUUACAACAGGGUGCAAGCGGCCACUAGCCAACCAGAGAAAGAAGUAUCUGAGCCCGAGGUGAGAAUGGUUAAUGGCAAACCAAAGAAAAUACGCAAACCACGAACGAUUUACUCCAGUUUCCAGCUCGCAGCGCUACAGAGGAGGUUUCAGAAGACCCAAUAUUUAGCGUUGCCGGAGAGAGCAGAGUUGGCAGCCUCUCUAGGACUGACGCAAACACAGGUAAAAAUCUGGUUUCAGAAUAAAAGAUCCAAGAUUAAGAAGAUCAUGAAAAAUGGGGAGUUGCCCCCAGAACACAGCCCAAGUUCCAGUGAUCCAAUGGCUUGCAAUUCACCCCAGUCUCCUGUCGUUUGGGAGCCCCAGGGAUCAUCAAGAUCCCUCAGCCACCACCCACAUGUGCACUCCCUCUCCCAGAGCUCUAACAAUUCCCCUGCAUCGUCUUACAUUGAGAACUCCAGUGUAUGGUACCCUACAGCCAACUCUCUCAGCAACCACCUUCAAACCCACAGUUCACUCCAACACCCCUUAGCUCUGGCAUCAGGGACUCUGUACUAAAAAAGAAAAAAAAAACUUCAGAAUUUUUAUUAUUUUUUAUUAUUAUAAUUAUUAUUAUUUUUGGACUGUCAUGUUUCAAUAUUAAGAAGAAAAAAAUAUGAAUGCAUAAAAUGGAUUUUUUUUUUUUUAAAAAAGCAAAGUAUAUUGUGUAAAGCUUGUUGCAUGUAACUUAUUGCAUUUCAAAGGAGACUUCUUUUUUUAUACAAACUGACGCAACUGUGGACACUAUUAGAAUGGUGCCUUCAAUCUAUGACCUCAUUUUUCCACUUUGUUUUUUUUUUCCAGAGACUUUUUCAAUGUUCAUUUUAAUCGUGUAAAUAAAUGUAGAUAGAUGAAUUAAACUGUAUAUUCUGGAUAAAUAAAAUUAU